GCUACGAUUCGUUUUCACGCUCACGCUAUUGCCGCCCGCCAGAGUUUGUUGCUUUCGGUGUUCAUCAUCACGUCAUAUGUUUAUCCACACUGUGCCAGCUGUGCAAUGUCAACAACAUGCUUUGAAAGAAUAAGUUUUGACGUGGCAUAGCGUAUUUGAAAAAUCAAUCCAUAAUGUGCAGAGAAGGACCAUUAUAACCUGGAAUAUGGAACUGCUGUCUCAUUUAUGGUGUGCACUUAGUGCUGCAGUUUUAGCCGGAAUUAUUUUAGUAUUGUUGCUCUCUGUGAUACUAAAAGUGGUAUCCUUUCCUUACCCCAUCAUUGAUCGGUCUUCAGAAGAGAAGACUUUUUGUGAUGAAAAUUCAGUACAGCAGAAUUUUCCUGAUCUUGAAGAUACAUGGAAUAUUCAUCUUAGUGUUGUAGUGCCAGCCUACAAUGAAGAAACGCGACUUCCACCAAUGCUUGAUGAAUGUUUGGACUUCCUUGAAAAACGAAACGGAAGUUUCAAGUAUGAAAUUAUAGUUGUUAGUGAUGGAAGUACUGAUAACACUGUUUCUGUUGCAUCGCAAUACACUAAAAAAUUUGGAUCAGAGAAAGUCCGAGUAUUAAAGCUUGUUAAAAAUAGGGGUAAAGGAGGUGCAGUACGGUUGGGUGUUCUAAGCUCCCGAGGAGCUGUUAUACUUUUUGCUGAUGCUGAUGGUGCUACAAAGUUUUCAGAACUUGAAAAACUUGAAACGAGCCUCCAGAAGUUGACUGGAGGUGACUACACAAAAGAACCAGAUGGUGUUGAAGGUAGAAUAGCUGUAGUAUGUGGAUCACGUGCACACUUGGAGGAGGAGGCCAUUGCUACCCGGUCCAUGUUUCGCACGUUACUGAUGCAUGGAUUUCAUUUUCUUGUCUGGCUGUUUGCUGUGAGAGGGAUUCGUGAUACACAAUGUGGAUUUAAACUGUUUACCCGUGAAACUGCCAGAGUGUGUUUUCACAACAUGCAUGUUGAGCGUUGGGCAUUUGAUGUGGAGCUUUUGUACAUUGCCCAGAAGCUGAAAAUUCCUAUUGCAGAAGUAGCAGUUGACUGGACUGAGAUUGAAGGCUCAAAGAUUGUUCCAGUUUGGAGCUGGCUGCAGAUGGGAAAGGAUUUACUCCUUAUCUGGUUUCGAUACCAUAUAGGAGCAUGGAAGCUGAGGAAGAAAUCUGCUUAGCAGUGUGAUUUAAUGGCUGUACCAUGUAGGUACCUGGUGCUGUGUGAAAAGAUUGAUUCAUUUGUUCGCUGUAGAAACCAAAGCAAACAUUCCAUGGGAAAUAUCUCAGUGGUAUUUUGUACUGAUAUUUUUUGUAAGAAGCUGAUACUUGUGACAUACAUAUUGUUAAUGCUUUUAUUUUUUGUUUCACACGUACAUUUCAACAGACAGAAAUAAAAGAUAAAAUUUUCAACUA